AUGGUCAAAAUGCACCUAACUCCCAAACAGUUCUUCAUCGUAAUCAUCCUCCUAGCACUACUACACAUUUACCUUCUACUUCGCUGCAGGCACGCAGAGCUCCCUCUGAACGCCUGGCCCGAAACCACCUCCCGAAACAUCUCCCUCUACAUAAACCUCGACGUCAAAAACCUCCUCACCGACUUCUGCACCACCCCAACAACCCUCCUCAUCCUCGUCCACUCGCACCCAAGAAACAAGGCGGCACGAGCCGCCAUCCGCCGCACCUGGGGCGACCCAGACCGCCUCACCAAAACCAACGCCCUCCUGUUCUUCCUUCUGGGCGAAACCAGGAACCCCCCGUCCACGCGCGAAAUCAUCAUGGCCGAAAACCUCGAACACGGAGACAUCAUCGUCGAGGACUUCAUCGACAACUACGCCAACCUGACACUCAAGUCGGUGUCGAUGCUCAAACUCUUCCAGAGCCAAAACCAGUGCCGGUUUCUCUUGAAAGCCGACGACGAUCUUUUCGUCAACGUGGAGAAGUUGGUUAGAAUUAUGCACUUCUUUGCUGAUAGCGCGAAGGAGAAAUUGUUGAUGGGGAGGGCGAUUUGGCGGGAGAGGCGCCAGAAUGACUACUAUGAUAGGUGGUAUGCCCCCAGGUAUAUGUUUUUGGGGCGCACGUAUCCGAAUUUUCUGGCUGGGCCUGCGUACGUGAUGUCGCUGCAGGUGGCGAAGAAGUUGUACAAAGCGGCUUUGGAGCUGCCGCUUUUUCACCUGGAGGACGUUUUCUUGACGGGGAUUUGCGCGAAGAAAGUGGGGAUUAGGCCACAGGAUUUGCCUUUGUUUACGGAUUAUGGGGUGCCGAAGGGAAAAUGUGUCAUUUUGAGGUUGAUUACGAUGCAUGGUUUUAGGCCCAAGGAGAUUUUUAGAGUGCAGAGGUUGCUCGAAAGGGCACAAAAUAAUUACAAAUGUUCGCUCGAAUAUUUACGCUCACUUUACCAAGAGAUGGAGGCUAAUAGUACUGAUCCGAAGAUAAUAGAAAAAAUUCUGGCGUUUGAUAAUGAAUAG